AUGGCUCAAGAGGAAAUGAAGGUCGACGAGGGCUACUCAGGAGGCUCCGAGGAAACGAGAAGUCUGUCCGACAGCGACUCUACCAUGCACAUCGAUCCCGUCGACGGUCAUGUUUCAAAGUCAUCCACACCCACGCUCGAGUCGAUGCUUUCGGACGUACUGAGCCUGCCCCCCGACCAGAGAGCCGCUUUCAUCUCCUCCCUGUUGCGAAUAAUACCAGAGUCGGAGCGAUAUGACACGGCUUAUGCAGCUCUACGAUCGCUGCGCACUUCCUCCGUCGCAUCCAUAGUCGAGCGCCUCAACCCCCUCCUUCAUCUCGACCCAGUAGCUAUCCUACCACCCGAAAUUACCUCGCAAAUCUUCCUUCAUCUCUCACCCUCCGAUCUGCUCCGCUGCUCAACCGCCUCCCGACUCUGGCGCGAACGUGUUUUAGACAGCACGUUAUGGAGAACAUUCUACGCCAGGGAAGGAUGGAUGCCAGAUGUCUCCGAAGUACGAAGUGGUGAAGCUGCCGAAGCCAGACGCCGCCUAGCUCUCUCGCGUAGCAACUCUCAAAAGCCUCCUAGAAGGAAGCCUGACGGUGAACUCGAGAGAAGCGGCAGCAUUAAGAGGACAAAAGAGACAAUAGAUGGAUGGAAUGAACAGCACGGUGUAUUGGAAGCUGAUGAUGAUGCUGCUCUGCAGGAAUCAGAAGACAGUGCCGCUUCGUUGUCUGCCAUGAGCCUUGCCUCUGAGGCCGACUACCUCGACAUCUCUCCCAGUACUACUGACCUCUCCUCAAGUAUGCUUCCUCCGUUAUCUCCGCCACUGUAUAAUACGUAUUCUUCAUCUCCACGCAUCAACUGGCUACAUCUGUACAAGCAACGACGACGUUUGGAAGAGAACUGGAACAAGGGACGCUACAAGACAUUUCAGCUGCCGCAUCCGGACCAUCCAGAGGAAGCUCACGAUGAGUGUGUCUACACUAUUCAGCACUCGCGUGACUGGCUGGUCAGUGGCAGUCGCGACAAAACCAUCGCUAUCUGGGAUCUGGAAACUCAAAGACGUGUGAGGACCCUCUCCGGUGCUCACGAGGCAUCCGUAUUGUGUUUGCAGUUCGAUGAGCGCCCAGCGCAGGACAUUGUGGUAUCUGGUGGAAGUGACUCGUUUGUAGUCAUCUGGCGCUUCUCGACUGGUCGCAUUAUUCGCAAGAUGGACGAAGCACAUACCGAGUCCGUACUUAACCUGCGAUUUGAUGAUGACUUGCUCAUAACUUGUUCUAAAGACAAGACUAUCAAGAUCUGGAAUCGCAGAGAAGUCUUCGCGGACAGCAACGUCGUUCCUGCAGUCGCAAGGCGCCAACUUGAGAUGGAGAAUCCGAUGAACCCUAUCAAGGAGUACACACUACUGCUCGAACUUCUAGGCCACAAUGCAGCAGUCAACGCAAUCCAAAUGCAUAAAGGACAGAUUGUCUCUGCCUCCGGUGAUCGCACCAUUAAAGCAUGGGACAUCAAUACUGGCACAUGCACAAGAACUUUCACCGGCCAUACUAAAGGCAUUGCUUGUGUGCAGUACGAUGGCCGCCGAAUCGUAAGUGGUAGCAGCGACAACACUGUCCGCAUCUUCGACGCAGCUACAUCCGCAGAGGUUGCCUGUCUCCCCGGACACAGUAAUCUGGUUCGUACCGUGCAAGCUCGCUUUGGCGAUACGAGUGUCUCAUCCGAAGAACUCGAGGCCGAUGCACGUGCCGUCGAUGAAAGAUUCCACGACGCUCGCAUGAAUGGUCUGAACCCGGACCAGAACAGAGCGCGUGGUCAACGGAACGCUGGCUCUAGCAAUCCUACCGAAGUAUGUGCAGUUGGCGCGAAGAUCCCGCCAGGAGGAGGCGGCAACGCUUGGAGUCGUAUUGUAUCUGGAUCCUAUGACGAGACGGUCAUCAUUUGGAAGAAGGACUCUGAUGGAAAAUGGGUUCCAAGCAGAAGACUACGACAAGAUGAGAUUCUCCAGACUAGGAGAAGAUCUCGCAUCCAGCCUAUAGUAGCGGCUGCAGCUCCUCAGCAAGGUGCACCGGAGCAGACCCAACACAAUACAGGAGGACAGGAUGCGAUUGCACUGGCAGGCCAGUCUUCUGCUUCGCACGCAAGGCCACAAUUUCCACCUGCCUCUCCUCCAUCUCCACAGGUUCCACAGCAUGUACAGAACCACGCUGGGCCGGCUGGUCCACCAGCUACUCAUCAUCACCAUCACGGCCAUCAUGGAGCUGGACAUCAUGGUCGUCUUGCAGGCCGUCACCGAGACGACAGCAAUCGUGUCUUCAAGCUGCAAUUUGACAGCCGCCGUAUCGUGUGUUGUUCGCAGAACAGGGUCAUUGUCGGCUGGGACUUCGCUGCCGGCGACAUUGACCUUGAACAGGCGAGCCGCUUCUUUGGGGAGACUGAUUGA